AUGCGUCUCAUUCAGAACAUGUGCACCAUCGCGGAGUACCCCGGAGCGGGCAGCGCCGCUGACGGCUGCCCGGGAGCCGCGGGGCGCCGCCUGGUCAAGAUCGCCGUGGUGGGCGCCAGUGGCGUGGGCAAGACGGCCCUGGUGGUUCGUUUCCUCACCAAGCGAUUCAUUGGUGACUACGAAAGAAAUGCAGGUAAUCUCUAUACCAGACAAGUUCAAAUAGAAGGUGAAACCCUGGCUAUUCAGGUUCAAGACACUCCAGGUAUUCAGGUGCAUGAGAACGGCUUGGGCUGCACAGAGCAGCUGAACAGGUGUCUCCGCUGGGCAGAUGCCGUGGUCAUCGUAUUCUCCGUCACCGACUCCAAGAGCUAUGAACUCAUUGGCCCGCUUCACCAGCUCGUGCAGCAGCUACACCUGGGCACGCGGCUACCUGUGGUGGUUGUGGCCAACAAGGCCGACCUGCUGCACAUCAAGCAGGUAGAUCCUCAGCGUGGCCUGCAGCUGGCCAGCGUGCUGGGCUGUUCCUUCUAUGAAGUGUCCGUCAGCGAGAAUGAUAAUGAUGUCUACAAUGCCUUCCACGUCCUGUGUAAAGAGGUGAGCCACAAACAGCAGCCCAGCAGCACACCUGAGAAGCGUCGGAGCUCUCUCAUUCCCAGGCCCAAAUCCCCCAACAUGCAGGAUCUGAAGAGGAGGUUCAAGCAAGCGCUCUCGGCCAAGGUGCGAACUGUUACCUCUGUCUGAGGGUUACACUGCUCUGAAGCUGAGUGCCUGGGUCUGUGGCCAUCACACAAGGGGCCUUAGUUUUCACACCAAGGGGUGUGACAGGCCUUUGUCUUUAAAUCAGAGGUGUGGCCUUGCCACCGGGUUAUGGUCUUCCAGGGGGCUCUUCCUGGUAGAGGCAAGAGACUGAAGAUUUGGACUCUGGCAGCUAGUCCUGGUUCCAGAAAGGACCUGAGUGGAGAGGCCAGGUAGGCCCCAGGAACUGCUGCAGGAAAGGAAGUGGGUGUCCUGCUGAGCAGUGGACAGAAGUG